AUGAAGAAAGCUGAGCUAGUCUUCAUUCCAUCACCAGGUAUAACCCACCUCAUACCCGCAGUUGGGGUAGCAAAGCUUAUUGUAGACCGUGAUGAGAGGUUUUCAAUCACCUUCCUCAUCAUGAAGCUACGUGUUGACCCGAAGAUCGAUAGCUACAUUGAUUCAAUGAGUGCAGUCUGCAAACGUAUACGAUUCGUUGACUUGCCUAAACAUGAGCCUGAUCCCAACCAACCCAGCAGGUUUCUUUUUCAAAGGAUUGAAGCCCAGAAACAACCUGUCACAGAAGCAGUCUUUAAGCUUGUGAGUCGGUCCGAGUUAAGCCCUGACUCGCCCAGACUUGCUGGGAUUGUUGUUGAUAUGUUUUGUACAUCAAUGAUAGAUGUUGCCAACGAAUUUGGUGUUCCCUCUUAUCUUUUCUUUGUAUCAAGCGCUUCUUUUCUCGCUCUUGAGUUUUAUAUUGAAGUUCUUCAUGAUGAGCAGAAGGUUGAUCCUACUGAGUUGAAGGACUCGAAUGCUGAGCUGGUAGUGCCGUUUCUUGCAAACCCACUUCCUGCUAAGGUCUUGCCUUCUGCUAUGCUUAAGAAAGAGUGGCUGUCUCUUCUCCUCGGUCAAGUUAGAAGGUUUAAGGAAUUUAAGGGUGUCCUGGUAAAUACAUUUGAAGAGUUGGAGUCCCCAGCUGUGAACUUCUUCUCUAAUGGUAACACUCCUCGAGUAUACCCAGUGGGCCCGCUUUUGAAUCUUAACAGAGAUGGUGAUCCGGAUGGAAGCAACACCUACGAAGAUAUUAAACAAUGGCUUGAUGAUCAACCUCAGUCCUCAGUAGUGUAUCUAUGUUUUGGGACGCUGGGAAGUUUCGACGUCGACCAGGUAAAAGAAAUUGCAUGUGCUUUAGAGCAGAGUGGGAAUCCAUUCUUGUGGUCUCUACGUCAACCACCGCCGAAAGGUAAGAUGGAAGCUCCAAGUGAUUAUCUGAAUCCUCAAGAAGUCUUACCUGAAGGAUUCUUAGAUCGAACGGCCGGAAUCGGAAAAAUAAUCGGAUGGGCUCCUCAAAUAGAUAUUUUGUCACAUUCUUGUAUCGGAGGAUUUGUAUCGCAUUGUGGAUGGAAUUCGGUAUUGGAAAGCAUAUGGUUUGAUGUUCCAAUUGCCACAAUACCAUUGUAUGCAGAGCAUCAACUAAGUGCUUUCCAAAUGAUUGUUGAGUUAGGAUUGGCAGUGGAGAUUAAAAUGGAUUACAGAUUAGAUUUCUUCAAUACGGAAGGUAAUGAAAGUGUUAUUACUGCUAAAGAAAUAGAGAGAGGAAUAAGAUGUUUAAUGGAGUUUGAUCCUGAGAAAAGGAAAAAGUUGAAAGAAAUGAGUGAAAAGAGUAGGAAAGCUUGGAUGAGCGGUGGAUCAUCGUACACAUGGUUAAAUCGUUUGAUUCAAGAUAUGAUAGACGACAUGCCAUGA